CCACUUCGGCGCAAAAUCUUAAUGUCUCUUGAAUUGAGAUCGUAUUUUAUCUGCUAGGAGUUUCACUGGCUCAUGUUGAGUUCAUUGUCCUUAAGACAGAUCUGCUGUAACGCUUUCCUCGGAUGGAUAAAGAAUCCGUGAGAAUGGAGCCACGAGUGACUAGAUACAGUUUUGUGAUCACUUAUACAUUCAUUGAAGGUCAAUGAUUGUCAAUAAAUUUUAAUAAGCCUUCAACAGUGGAACAUUCCACACAGCAUGAUUGUGUAGAAGAUUAACAGGACAGUGAAAACGUGAUUUAUCAUGAUUUAUUCUUCUCGCGGUUAUUUCUAGAUUUUUUUUUCAUUAUUAUGCAUUAAACAUUACAUUUAUUGCUGUGUUUUAUGGUGAUACCGAUUUCUUUUAUCUUUCAACGCUCGAGGAGAGAAGAAAUGAAUUUGAAUUUGUAAGCGAUUUGAUGAAGUUCAGUGGUGGACGGCAAAACGUAAUAUAUUAUCAAUGUACGGAGGUGGUGAGACAUUUCACGUCACUUGUUCCCGGAGAUAUUGAGACAUAACAACCAGUUUGCCGACGCACACCAUGUAGAGCGAAUCGUGCUCUGCCGCUAAUUUGGGAUACUUCGCAAAUAUACCAGGAAACGAUUCACAUACGGUGAAAAUCGAUUCCUGCAAAUAUGUUCAGUUCAACGAGAGGAGCAUUUGUCCUGUGAAUUGUUUCUAUCAGAAUUGGCACACAGACAAUUAUUGGGUAAAAAUUACGGAGCUCAAGUUUGCUCACCGAUUACGGAAGUCACUAAGAAAAUUUAUUAUAUAAAAUUUAUAUAAAAAUUAGGGAGUGCUUUGAAAAAAAGCUGUAAAAGGUCUGUGAAUCUUUACGUAAUUUUACGAACAGAUGUAAUUGUUAUUUAAUAUUUCUUUGUGUGUCGAUUCAACCAUUGGAUUGUUGAACUUUUGUUUUUUAAUUCUCAAACCCUCAAGUUGAACAUUCAAUGAGGUUUAUUGUAUAGAUUAACAGAGGGAUGUAUUGUGUACAUAUGUGAGAUAAGUCAUGUGAAAACGUUUUGUUUGGUAAUAACGACGCAACAGAUAAAAAUCUCGAGCGGCCGUUGCACGCAAUAUGAUUAUCGACCAGCUGUAGAGAAUCGCAGGAUACAGUGACUGAGGGGGUUUUUUGGAAGACCCCAGGCGGUAGACAUCAGUUGAGCUUGUCUCACGGUUAAUUGGCUCAGUCGAACGUCGUCUUGCGGGGUAGCUGGACGUCCCUUCGUUAUUCUCCAGGAGGUAUUUUUCUAUUACUAUUACGAUCUCUAACGGACCGUCGCCGAUGGGCCAGACGGGGAACUGAUGUGUCUAAGCAGUGCUCUUAUGCUCAUUUAGCCUUAUGACGACGACAAUAACUCUGCAUUGGUCACAUCAUGAAAGAGAAACACCGCAACGCGUGGGUUUCCUCUUAAAGUCGUAUCAAUAAACUCCGGUCGCGUCACCGAGUGUUACGAGGAACAAUAAAUUCAGAGAGAAUUUAAAGUUCUCUAAUCAGAAUGAGGAGCAUUAUACAUUUGGUGAUGCUGUUCACUGGAUUCGUUUCUUCAGCGGUAAUCCCUACCAAUGACUACUGGUCCUUUCGGGCUGGUUUGCUUCAUGCUGAGGAAGUAACAACAAUUGGAGGUCGUCUGGCUUUCAAGGAAGGCGAGCGCAGUGCCAAUGAUCUCCUGAUGACUCACAAAAGGGCGGAAAUUGACGAAGCAUUUGCGAAUCCCCAGAAGUUCCUCCCGGCAAAGAACUUUCUAACAGUUCUCGGAAAAAUCGAACAAUCGAGAGUCUUCAAUAUAAUGAAGAAGCUUCCCAAGGGUGCAGUUCUUCACGCUCACGAUACCGCAUUCGUGCAUUGGGAAUUUGUCUACAACUUGACAUUCCGAGAUAACUUGUACAUGUGUAACAACGGCGGGGACUUGUCUCUUCAAUUUUUCGAAACCCCGUCAAAUAGCUGUGACUGGAAGCUGUUGAGUGACGUCAGAAAAGAUCCGGUAAUCGCGAAUACCCUCAACGAGAGGAUCCGGCGAAGAUUGACGAUGCUCGUCGAAAAUCCCGACGAGAAAUAUCCGGACGUCGAUGCUGCUUGGAUCAAGUUCAUGGACAUCUUCAUGUUCAUCUGGCCGAUACUCACUUACAGGCCCGUCUGGGAGGAUUAUUACUACCAGGGGCUCAAAGAGCUGUAUGAGGACAAUGUUUUAUAUUUGGAGUUGAGGUCUACACUUCCAAUACUCUAUGAACUCGAUGGGAGGGAAUAUAACCCAAUAGAAGUUGUGGGGAUCUACAAGAAUGUCACAGCAAGGUUUAAAGCGGAUUAUCCUGACUUUAUCGGGACUAAAAUUAUUUACGCCCCGCGGAGAACAAUGAAAGAAAGUGAAAUAGAAAAUUUCAUAAACGAGGCUAUACAAAUGAAAAGGACUUAUCCCCAUUUCUUCGCAGGAUUUGACUUAGUAGGGCAAGAGGACAAGGGAAAUACUCUGAAAUUGUAUGCCGAGAAACUAAAUGCUGCUCAGGAUGACAUAAACUAUUUCUUUCACGCCGGAGAGACGAAUUGGUACGGCACCAGUACUGACGACAAUUUGAUUGACGCUGUUUUACUCAAUACGAAGAGAAUCGGCCAUGGUUAUGCAAUUGUGAAGCAUCCGAAGGUGUUGGAUUACGUCAAGAAAAAUAAAAUUGCCAUAGAAAUUUGUCCGAUUUCGAAUCAGGUACUUGGAUUGGUGAAGGACCUCCGUAAUCAUCCAGCGUCAGUAUUAUUCGCAGAAGGAGUCCCAGUGGUCGUUUCCAACGAUGAUCCAGGGCUUUUCGGAUCCAGAGCACUCAGUUACGACUUCUACGAGGCCUUCAUGGGUAUCAUGUCUAAAAAUGCAGACAUACGAGCACUCAAACAACUCGCUAUGAACUCUCUCAUCUACAGCAGUCUUUCUCAUGAUGAGCUGUCACACGCAUCCACUAUUUGGCAGAAAAGGUGGGACGAAUUUAUCCAUGAGCUGAACGAAUGAGAACUGGGAUUGGCCAGUUUUUACAUUGUUGAUAAUGGAAAUGCCAUAGUUUGUCAAAUAAAGGCUCUUCAUUAAUUACACCUUUCGAAUACAAAUUUUAAACCUCAUAGAAAUAUGAA